AUGUACAGAUCGAGGCAAGAUCAACGGCGGCGAGCCUCGAAGGUUGCAUUGGCUGUAUUCGAGCAGCAGCGCUACGACGGUGGCCGUGGGGGCCAGAAUGGCAAGUCCCACGGGAAUUACCAGCGAGCUGGGCCACUGGGUCGGGCUGGGCUAGGCAUUGAAGCACACGGAGUAACCGACGCCCAGGCCCCCGAACCAGGAGCAUUCCCAGGCAUCAAAUUGAUGAGGGGAGACGAGGUUGAGUCAGGGGAAUAG